AUGCCCGCAACUACAAAGAACGGUCCGACUGUUAAACCCGCUCCCGCAAACUUUACCAAUGAACUGGCGUCGGAUGUUUGCAGAACGGCAAUCCCAAGGAUUGUACGAGCUUCCACACCUUCUACACGUGGAUUGACUGAGAGUCAACGUAAUGAGCUCUUUCCAGUCCUCGAUCAGGACGAGCUUGAGCGGCUUAAGAAAUUCGGCUCGAUUGUGCAUGUGCCUAAAGAUACCAUCCUGGUUCAUGAAGGAGAAAGUAACUACUUUCAUGUCGUAUUACAUGGAAAACUGGCCAUUGUACUGCCCUAUGGCGAUGGGACUGAAGAGCACAUUGCGGAUAUUGAAGAUGGUAUGUUCACCGGAGAUACAGAUAUUUUGAAUGGGAGAUCGGUUGUGCGUGUGAAAGCAGCUGUAGACUCAGAGGUUCUGGAGAUAUCCCGUAGCAACGUACAAACAAUUAUUCAGACGGAUGUUGACCUGUCCGAUAAGUUAAUGAGGACCUUCAUUGCCCGCAGAGUUUUUCUGGUACAAGGACACAAAGGCGACAUCAUCUUACUUGGCUCUCGCUAUUCUUCCGACUGCAUGCGUCUAAAAAGUUUUCUUUCUCGUAAUGGAUACCCGUACUUGUAUGUGGAUCUCGAACAGGAUCCAGAAACUUAUAACAUCCUCAACCAUUUCGGUGUAUCUGAAGAGGAUCUGCCGCUUGUCAUUGGACAUGGUAAAGAUGUCCUCAGGUGCCCGUCAGUUUGUGAGCUGGCUCAAUACCUGAGAAUUACAUCCGACGUCGAUGAGGAAACCGUGCAUGAGACAAUUAUUGUUGGAGCAGGCCCAGCAGGACUGGCUGCUGGAGUUUAUGCUGCAAGCGAAGGGUUGAGCACGGCCAUGGUCGAGCAGGAAGCGCCAGGCGGACAGGCAGGGUCAUCGUCAAAGAUUGAAAACUAUCUCGGGUUCCCCCUUGGCAUAUCUGGCCAAGACUUGGCUCAGGCAGGCACUCUGCAAGCCAUGAAGUUCGGCGCCAAGUUCAUUAUUCCAGCCAAAGCUCAACAGUUGGAAGCUGGUCCUGGUACUCUUUACAGGGUUCAUCUCCACGACAAACAGUCAUUAAAAGCGCGAACCAUUAUCAUCGCGUCCGGGGCCAAGUAUCGUCGAUUAACCCAUAUACCACAUUGGGAGGAGCUUGAGGGUAUCGCAAUAUUUUAUUCUGCAACUGGACUGGAGGCGAGGCUGUGUGAGGGCAAGGAGGUCGCCAUAAUUGGUGGUGCUAACAGUGCCGGGCAAGCCGCGGUAUUUUUAAGCAAAUCGGUAGCAAAGGUCCAUAUGCUUGUUCGUGGUUCUGGGCUGUCCGCUACCAUGUCGAAGUAUCUGGUCCAGCGUAUCGAGGCAACGCCAAAGAUUGUCGUGCAUACUCAUACCGAACUUGUUGAGCUCCAUUUGUCGAAAAAAAACGGUAUUCAACUGGAAGCUAUCACUUGGGAGAAUAACGAGACAAAGCAGCGAGAAACGCACCCCAUUUCAAUCAUCUUCUGCAUGGCUGGAGCUGAACCCAAUACAGAUUGGCUUCGCGGCUGUUCGAUAGCAAUCGACGAGAAAGGCUUCGUUCAGACGGGAUCGGACAUUACCCCCGAAAAGCUGCACGCAGCAGGUUGGAAGCGGAAACGGCAGCCAAUGCUAUAUGAAACUACGCUUCCAGGUGUCUUCGCCGUUGGCGAUUUGAGGUCCGGAAACGUCAAGCGUGUUGCUAGUGCAGUUGGGGAGGGAUCGUGUUCUGUACAGUUGAUACACCGUUUUCUGGCCGAAUAGGGCUACAAUAUAGGACUUCUUUUC